AUGGCCGCACCCUUCGACGGCCUGAGCGCCUGCUCUGCCCGGGGCCCCGCGCGCCACCCGGGCUCGGCGUCCCCCGCGGGCUCGGUGCGCGCAGACCUGGGCGCAGCGGGCGCCGGGCCGCGCCUGUGGGUGACCGCGCCCGCACCCUACGUGCCAGGCACGGCUCUCGGCCCUGCGGCCCCCGGCGGCUACGCGGGCCCCGGACCCCUGCUCGGCGGCGCGGGCGGCCUGGCUGGCGGCGACCUGGCCUGGCUGGGCCUCCAGGGCCAACACGAGCUGCUGCGCCUGGUGAGGCCGCCCUACUCGUACUCCGCGCUCAUCGCCAUGGCCAUCCAGAGCGCGCCGCUGCGGAGACUGACGCUCAGCCAGAUCUACCAGUACGUGGCGGGCAACUUCCCCUUCUACAAGCGCUGCAAGUCGGGCUGGCGGAACUCCAUCCGCCACAACCUGUCGCUCAACGACUGCUUCAAGAAGGUGCCCCGCGACGAGGACGACCCAGGUAAAGGCAAUUACUGGACCCUGGACCCAAACUGUGAGAAGAUGUUCGACAAUGGGAACUUCCGAAGGAAGAGGAAAAGACGAGGAGAGGUGCAUGCAGCCGCAGGCCCCACGAGUCCAGAGGAAGCCCAGAUGCAGGCACUGUCACCCAGGCGCAGUGCCACCCCGGGCCCACCGUCCCCACCCACAUCAGAGCCUGCUUGCUUCUCCAGUUUCGCCUCUGCCAUGGGGGCCCUGGCUGGUGGUUUCAGUGCCUUCCCCGGGUCACUGGCCAGCGACUUUCCUUUCGGGCCACUGCCAGCAGUCACCAGCCAUGGUCCCCAAGCCCCCAGCCCUGCCCCCAGCUUCGCCUCUAGCCAACAGACCGCUGCCAGCAGCUUCCGAGUCAGUCACUUUGUCUAUGGCCGUGAAGGAACAGAAGUUUGA